AUGAAAUGUUACAGACUGACUGUAGUGUGUGUGGUGUUGCUGUGUGUUCUACUGCUGAUUGCCGUCACAGUGUUGUGGAUCAAAUUCAACAACCUGACUAAAGAGAAAGACCAGUUACAAACCAGUUACAACAACCUGACUAAAGAGAAAGACCAGUUACAAACCAAAUUUGGUCUGAGAUGGACUUAUUUCAGCUCCAGUUUUUACUACAUCUCUACUAAAUAUAAGAACUGGAUUGACAACAGACAGGACUGCAAAGAGCGAGGAGCAGACUUGGUGAUAAUAAACAGCAGAGAGGAACAGAAUCCAUGUUAG